AUGUCCGGCAAAGGCAAAGGUGGUCGUGGUGGUGGUAAGUCUGGGAAGAAGGCCUCUGGUUCGAAGACUCGCUCAGCUAAGGCAGGUCUGCAGUUCCCUGUUGGUAGAAUAGCCCGCUACCUCAAGAAGGGACGCUAUGCUAAACGUAUUGGUUCCGGUGCCCCGGUCUACUUGGCUGCAGUCCUCGAAUAUCUGGUCGCCGAAAUCCUCGAGUUGGCUGGUAAUGCUGCGCGUGAUCAUAAGAAGUCUCGAAUCAUUCCAAGACACAUUCAAUUGGCGGUCCGCAACGACGAGGAACUGAACAAAUUCUUAGCGGGAGUGACCUUAGCUAGUGGUGGUGUACUGCCUAACAUUCAUACCACUCUACUGCCAAAGAAGAGUAAAGGGAAAGGUAUGACUCAAUCACAAGAGAUGUAA